AACCUUUCCCAGCAUUAUUGUCUUUCCCUGAAAGCCUUGCCUUCUCACAAUAAGUCCAAAGUAAGACGGCCUCAGUUUCAGCAUUUUUGCCUCCAGAGAUAGUUCAGCCUUGAUUUGAUCUAGAAAAAAAAUAUUCUUCACAUACUAGUUCUAAAGUUCAUCCUAGAGACCACCGGUCCUCUGGAACAACCAAGUUUCACCUGCCUGCUGGAAACUCAACAAAGAUGAAACAUAAACAAGGAGCUGCCUUUGUGAGGCCAGCUGAGGGAGAAAGCAGAAGAUGAAAGACCUGGCUGCCAAAGUUUACCACAAGAAUUUGGUCAUGGACCACUCAGGCAGCGGCAAAGACAAUGGACUUUUCAGUGGCUGCGAGACACUCACCUUUUCAGAUACGCGAAGAUUUGUAUCACCUGGGGUCACGGCGUUUGAGAUCAGUGAACCAAAAUCUCAGAAAAAGGUUUCCCCAUGCUGCAUUUGGACGGUGCUUAUAGUGUACCUGAUUCUGCUCACCGCAGGCUUUGGACUGUUGAGCUACGAAGUCUAUACCAUGAAAGAAGAUUCACCUGCAACAGGAAAACAGAUCAGCCCUUUUGACAAUGAUGUUAUGGGGAAAGAAAACUUUUCUCAAAAAAACUCAGAGAAAGAGGAAGAAAAUUGGAUCAGAAAUUUAGAGCAAGAAAUCCAUGUCAUCAAGCUGAGCAAUCAAAUUUUACAUUGGACAAUGGCCAAUGUUACAGAACGACUUGAAAACAAUGAAUUUCAAGGACUGCCAGGACCUCCAGGUUCCAAAGGAGAACGAGGAAUGCCAGGAGCAAAAGGGGACAAUGGCAGCAAAGGAGAGAAAGGCGAAAAAGGAGAUACUGGUUUAAGAGGAAGCAAAGGAGAGCCAGGUCCAAAGGGCAUUGGACUUCCCGGGCCAAAAGGAGAAAUAGGCACUCCAGGACUGAGAGGACUUACAGGCCCCCAAGGAGAAAAGGGUGAAACAGGUAUCGUGGGGCCGAAGGGAUCAAAAGGAGAGCAUGGAUCCCCAGGUAACACAUUACCUAUUUGCUUGCUAGAGAUGGAUGUUACGUUUAGCAUAAUAUGUGCAAAAGGACCUAAGGGGGAUCUGGGACCUACUGGGCCAAAAGGCGAACAAGGACUAAAAGGAGACAUAGGAGAGAAGGGAUCUCAAGGAUUUCCAGGAGUUGCUGGUGUAAAGGGAGCUGUGGGUUUACAAGGACCAGUCGGGAAUAAAGGACAGAAAGGAGAGAUGGGAGAACAAGGUCCCAAAGGUCUGCAGGGCUCCCAGGGGCCUCCUGGUACGCCAGGAAUGAAAGGUAUUAAGGGGCAGGAUGGACUGCCUGGACUUCCUGGAGCAAAAGGUGAACGAGGGCAAAAAGGAGAAGCAAGUAACCUUCGAGGACCACCAGGGCAGAAAGGAGACCAAGGGGAAAAGGGAAGCAAAGGAGACCAAGUCAUCUCAACAAUCCAUUCCUCUAUACGACUUGUUGGAGGAAGCAAAAGAGGCCGAGUUGAGAUUCUGCAUGAUGGAUCCUGGGGCACCAUAUGUGAUGAUGACUGGGACAUAAAAGAUGGAAGAGUGAUCUGCAGAAUGCUGGGAUUUCGCGAUGUGGUUAGUACAUUCACCGCAAAUGCAGGAACUGGAAAUAUCUGGCUGGAUAACGUGAAUUGCUCGGGAAAUGAAGAGACCAUUGUUUCAUGUAGUAAAAACUCGUGGGGUCAACACAAUUGCAACCAUAACGAAGAUGCUGGUGUGGAGUGCGCCUAAAGGAGAAGACUACAGCUGUAAAAACUGUAAAACAAUAGCUAACGUGGAUAAUGGACUUCUUAAUUGAUUUUAAUCUCCCUGCUGUGUUGGGUUCUGAUUAUGUUUAAUUAUAUAACCUACUAAGUAACAGAAUUAGCACAUCACCGCUGGAAGUGUUUACAUAAAAACAUCACCAUUAUAUGGUAUAAAGAUAAAAUGUUGUUCUCCCAUACUGUGUGCUUGUGCCAGCAAUUGUUAUUCAAAUAAACACUUGUGACUUUGUUUAUUAA